AUUACCACACGUUUCCGUUCUCACAACAACUCAGGAGACUGUGGCGGUGCCCUAAUUGAAGCACGUCCCCCUCUCACGCAGUGACCGGAGACCUUGCGAGUGACAAUGGCGAGCAACGGCGAUAAAUUACCCAGAUCCGGCGCCGGGGCAGCGAACGAGAACCCUGCGUCCGCUGCAUUGAGUUCAGACCAGCUGCCGAUGAAUUCCAGUCAAAUUUACACGGACGACGACGGCGAAGCGUCUGUCGAUCCUGAAAUAAUCAGAGAUGAAGAAGAAGACAACAUCGACGACGAAGGAGAGGACCUCUUCAACGACCAAUUCAUGAAUGAUUUCCGGAGGAUGGGAAAGCAGGACCAGUACGAGACCUUGGGUCUGGAUGAUUCCAUGGAGGAUGAUAGGGAUUUGGAGCAGAUUAUGGCUGGCCGCAGAGCUGCUGAGAUCGAACUCGAUGCAAGACAACCUUCUCGUUCUCACCGCAAGUAUCCCCAGAUUCUUCACGAUCAAGACACCAAUGAUGAUGAAGACAGGCUGCCAAUAAGAAGUAGAUGUGACAGGCAGCCAAAUACUCCAACCAGCAUGGAUGAUACUGAUGGGAUACCCAGAGAUGAUGUAUCCAUGACUGAUAUGGACGAUGAUGAAGAGAAUGAGAUGUGUAUAGUUCGAGGAACCCUCAGAGAGUGGGUUACGAGAGAUGAAGUGAGGCAUUUCAUCGCCAAGAAGUUCAAGAAGUUCUUGCUUACUUAUGUGAAUCCAAAAUUUGAUCAUGGAGACUUUGAGUAUCUAAGGCAGAUAAAUGAAAUGGUGGCGGUUAACAAGUGCAGUUUGGAGAUUGAUUACAGACAAUUGUUCUAUACCCACCCGAACAUUGCAAUCUGGCUUGUGGAUGCUCCUCAGUCGGUUCUCGAGGUUAUGGAAGAAGUUGCCAAUAAGAUUGUUUUCCAGUUUCAUCCAAAUUACAGCAAAAUCCAUCAAAAGAUAUAUGUGCGUAUCACCAACCUGCCUGUGUAUGAUCAGAUACGCAACAUUCUCUAAUUUAGCACCAAGGGUCCAGGCCAUUACUAAACAAACUGAGUAUCUGUAUUUUGUGGAAUCGGAUUCCUUAUUCUUGAAGCAUCGUUUUUAUAUUUAAACCUGGAGAGACGAUCCAAAAUGGAAAAAAGGCAAAAGGGUUACACACACACAAAGCUUUUCUCUUUUUAAUAAAGAUGAGAGAAUCUUUGCCAUGCUGAGAUUGCAUCAUAGUUCUUGUAUAGUACUUCUCUCCAAUGUGGUGAGCUCCUGCAAACCACCAAAAAAAAUCAAAUCCCACUUCAUAAAUCCUACUAUAUAUCAUCACUUUAAUCAUAUAAUAAUAGUACAUAAAGCACAGAAAUUCU